AAAAAGAUUGAGAGAAAAUGAAAGCACCAAGCCACUAAAUACCAAAUCACAAUUAAUAAAAAGAUAGAAAAAAAAGGAGAGAAAAAAGUUGUCCUCAUCUCUCACAAUUCUACUCCAGCUCGAAAGAGCGCUCGUCACUCAGAUCUCCCAUCUUCUCCGAUAUCCAUAAUCAUUCCACUUUUCAAUCUCCAAUUUACAUUACUUUAUAAAAUUGAAUUAUAGAGAUAACAGAAAUGGCGAUUAAACGUUGUUUUCUGCUACUUCGUCAGCUCCAAUAAGAGAGAGAGAUUCUGUAGUUUUCUUCCAUUGCUCUCUGUUCGAGAUUAUCUGACCAAAGUAAUCUUCCUAUACAAAAUAUUGGAUUAAAUAUAAUCAAAAUUGUGGAUCUUUGGGAAACAUAAGCUUGAAUGAAACACACAUGCCAGCCUUUUUCUGCUUCUGGUUCGCUUUAACUUCACGUUUUCCCGCUCUGUCUUCAUAGAAUCAACAAGUUAGAGUGGAGAGAAAGCAAAAGUUGAAGACAGACAGAGAGAGAGAGAGAAGCGCGAUGAACACAAGUGUUCGAGCUGUUCUUUCCUCCAUGAAAGCUCCUUCAAAGCAUGACACUACUCAUCAUCAAGAUGAGAAGAAGAAGAUGGAGUCUCAAGGCAAUGGAGCUGUUGCUAAUUCAGGAAAAUCUCUGGUUAAUCGCCGACGAGCUAACAAAGAAAAGAAAAUGGAUUUGCUACAAGAUGUUGAUAAGCUUAAGAGGAAGCUGAGACAGGAGGAGAAUGUUCAUAGAGCAUUGGAGAGAGCUUUUACUAGACCUUUAGGAGCUUUACCUCGUCUUCCGUCUUACCUCCCUCGACAUACAUUGGAGCUUCUUGCUGAAGUAGCUGUUCUUGAAGAGGAAGUGGUUCGGUUAGAGGAGCAAGUUGUAAACUUUAGACAAGGUUUAUACCAAGAAGCUGUUUACAUAUCUUCAAAGAGGAAUCUGGAGAGUCCUAAUAACAACAGUUUGAAUGAGAAUUCGCCCGUUAGAAGCACUAAACACCAGAGAUCGAAAUCAAUGUCGCAACACGAGUUCAAUUCUAUGAUCACUCCCACUAAAAAGCAUCAACAGUCUCUUAGCAGAAGCAUCUCAAGUAGGAAACUCUUCUCCUCUGAUCAAACAGUUAAUGACCGAAGUGGUCAGAGAGUGGUAAGUGGCAAACAAGCGUCGCCUAAAUCAAAUCUAAGCAGUGUUACUAAUACUAAGCCAGUAGAUGUGAGAGGGAAAGAGAAUCAGACCUCUAGUAAUGCUUCAAAAGACAAGAAAAAUAAAGAAUCACCUGAGAAGAAGCUUGGCAGAUUCUUGACAUCUGUGAAGAAGAAGAAACCUUUGAUUAAGCCGGAGGCUGCAGCGGAUAAACACUCAGAAUCAACCAAAUUGCAGCUAGAUGAUAGAUUAGCAGAUCAGGACAAAGCUCAAGAGAGUGUGUCAGGAUCAUCUUCGGAAGACAAGACACUGCAAAGUGGAAAUGUAGCAAACAGAGUUUCAGAGGAUUUACUGAAAUGUCUUGUGACUAUUAUCUUGAGGAUUAGCUCGUCCAAGGACAUUGUGUUGGAUCCAUAUAAUAACUGCUCAGAGUGGAGAACAAGAGAACUUGGUGCAUACAAGCAUUUUUCGUCGGUCGAUACAUCUUCAGUUGAUCUUGGACGAAGAAUCAAUGCUUCAUUUCUGAUCCAUCGUCUCAAGUUCCUGCUUAAUAAGCUUUCUGUUGUCAAUCUAGACGGUCUUAGCCACCAGCAGAAGCUUGCAUUCUGGAUAAAUACUUAUAAUUCCUGCGUUAUGAAUGCAUUCUUGGAGCACGGGAUCCCGGCGACUCCUGAAAUGGUUGUAGCGCUGAUGCAGAAGGCAACAAUAAUUGUGGGAGGACACUCGCUAAAUGCAAUCACAAUCGAACAUUUCAUCUUGAGACUUCCAUACCACUUGAAAUUCACUUGUCCCAAAACUGCAACACAUGAAGAAAUGAGAGCUCAUAGCACAUUUGGAUUGGAAUGGUCAGAGCCCUUGGUCACAUUCGCUCUCGCCUGUGGAAGCUGGUCCUCUCCUGCUGUAAGUUGAGAUCAAAAUCAAUAUAUACACACAAUUUGGCAAAGAUGCAAACUUUCAAGUAACUUUGGUAUCUUCUCUAUUGUGAAACUUCUGCAGGUAAGGGUCUACACAGCAGCUAAUGUAGAGGAAGAGCUAGAAGCUGCAAAGAGAGAUUAUCUGCAAGCAUCAGUUGGGAUAUCAAAGAACAACAAACUAAUGCUUCCAAAGGUAUUAGAUUGGUACUUACUCGACUUUGCCAAGGAUUUGGAAUCGUUACUGGAUUGGGUUUGCCUUCAGUUACCUGAUAAACUAAGAGAAGAAGCAACUAAGUGUAUGGAGAGAAAGAACAAAGAAUCACUAAUGGAAUUGGUUCAAGUAGUACCAUAUGACUUCAGUUUCAGAUUGCUUUUGCAUCAAUGAAUAAAAAAAUGUUAAACACUGUAUAGAUUUGGGUUGGGGAGAGAGUAAAGUAGAGCGCAUGAGUUCAAUUUGUUAUUGUUUUUUUUGGUUGGCUGAGAGUAUAUAUAGAUUAUAUGGUUGUGUUCUUUUACUAUAAAGUGAUGUAAAAUUCAUUCAAUUGAUUUUUAUUUGUAAUGCUAUAUAUGUAUAUGUCUACACCAUUUUUUUUUUGUCUGAUUUGUUUUUUCUUGUCUCUU